GGCGGGCGGAGGCGCGAGCGGGAGCGGGACUUGGUGCGCCCAGCAGAGGGGGUCGCGGUCCAGCCCCGGGAGCGGGAGCGCAGAGAGCGGCUCGGAGCUCUCCAGGGCACCGUGUCUAACAGACCGAGGUCAUGUGGCGUCCGUUUCUAGGCCUUUUGGGUUAUGUUUUAUAAAUGGAAAACAAGCACCUCCCAUCCUCCAAAACCUGAGGUUCAGAGGCCACAGGUAGCUUAGCCUCUUAAAUGAUGGGGUCACCACACGAAUGUCAAUGAACCUGGGCAGGCUGCCAGGACUGGGGCAGGGACCUAGUCGUUCCAACUACGGGGGGGAGUGUUGGGACCGGCCCAGAGUGCAGUUUCCCAUCUUGACCCGAGUUUUGCCUUUCCUCUCCCCACCGCAAUUUGCAAUCUGUCUUCCAUUGCAAGGUGAUCCUCCCCAUCAAGGGUCGUGGGAUCCCCUUUCCUCUCACUGACUGUGGCAGCUGCUUCUUCCACUUGACUUCAUUUUUUCAGGGCUCGCACCCCAGGGCACACUUACUUCUGGGCUCUGGGCCUUCUGACUUCUCCCAAGACCCCUUCCCCAUUCCCAUUCCCCCCCCCCCCCAUUUGCUUUUGUUCAAAGCUUAUUCUCCUCCUUUUGUAACCACCCACCCCGGGUGUGGUCAAGGUCAUUCCCUCAACCAAUAAACAUACCUGAUGGUGCAGAGACCCUGACUGGGUUGGAGAAGCAGAAACUUCAUUAGGAGAAAAAACAGUAGAACUCCGGAGCAAGUUAAAAAAAAUUUUUUUAAUGUUUAUUUAUUUUUGAGAGACAGAGAAAGAGAGAGAGAGAGCAGGGGAGGGGCAGAGAGAGAGAGAGAGGGAGAGAGAAUUCCAAGCAGGCUCCAUGCUGUCAGCACAGAGCUAGAUUCAGGGCUUGAUCGCACAAACCAUGAUAUCAUGACCUGAGCUGAAAUCAAGAGUCAGAGGCUUAACCAACUAAGGUUAAGGUGCCCCAGGAACAAGUUUAAUUUGGUUGAAAUUCCUGCCCCUUCUCUCCAUCCCCUACACAGUUUUUUCCUGGACAUGCUUCUUAGAGGUGAAAAAUGAUUUUCUUUUCCAUGUGGAAUCUGUACAUAAGAUAUCAGGAUGAUACUUUUAAAAUGGGAUUUGCAAUGUUUUGUUAUUUACUGUGGACAAGUCAAUACGGCUUGAUUUUUUUUGUUUUUGUUUAUCUACUUCUAUCUACCUCUGCUUCUAUCUGAUUUUAUCCUCACAGUCUAAGCACCCCCCUCCCCUGUUGGUUUCCCCCCCCACUCCCCCUUCCCCCCACAGGGUUCUUUGAGAAGCAGACCACUGUUAAAACCUACAUCUCUGGGAGGAGCCACCUAGAAGGCCACCUCUCCACAACCAGAAAGUGUCUCAGUUCAGAUGGGUAUUUUCCCUGCAUCUGCCAUGCUCCUGGCCAUCACCCUAAACCCUGCCCUUCUGCCUGAGGCUCAGAUGAUGCCUUUCACCAUGGUCCGUCAUGAGUGGUGGUGCACACCUGUCAGAGGACAGUCGUAGAACUGACUCAUCUGUGCUUUCUUGCAACAUGGCAGAUGGGCCCCAAGGGUUUCCAGCUUGGUUGUCCUUCUGGGCUCCCCUUUUCCUUUAUUUCCAAAUAGUGCUCAUUUGCAAGAGCACGAAUCCCCUUGUGACUCCUCUGAGGACCCCACAGGAGUGCUUUAUGGCCUUGGGUUUCCCCACUUGAGGUGUGCUCAGGUUGUUCCAGACUGAAUAAGGUUCUAGGAAAGCCCUCUGCCCUGCUCUCCAGGCUCCUGAGGCACUUGUAGGAGGAAGAGGGUUAUUCUGUUACCAUACCUCCAGCUUACUGUACUUGACUCGUGAUCACAGAGAGUUCUAUCAAGGCUUAUACAUUUUUUUUUAAGGUUUGUUUAUUUUUGAGACAGAGACAGAGCAUGAAUGGGGGAGGGUCAGAGAGAAGGAGACACAGAAUCCGAAACAGGCUCCAGGCUCCAAGCUGUCAGCACAGAGCCCGACGCAGGGCUUGAACUCACAAACCAUGAGAUCAUGACCUGAGCCAAAGUCGGCCACUUAACCAACUGAGCCACCCAGGAGCCCCAAUCAAGUCUUUCAUGUACAGGUGGAAAAGGCCCAAAGUGUUGGCGGAGUCACUUGCCUGAGGUCACAUAGCUAGUUAGUGGUAGAGCAUACACCCUGACCCAUGUCACCAGCAGCCAUUUCAGAUGGGACAGAACAGGAGGGCCCUGUGUUCUCAUGCUAGCCCUCCACAAGCACCUGUGGAGUCUUGGCUAAUAACUUAUUCUCCCUGAACUCCAGUUGCUUCAUCUGCGCAGAAGUCUGACCAUCCUCAUCCAUCUCACAACCUAUUGUGAGGUCAGGUGAAAUUUGUAAACUGUAAUAAUAACAAGUAAAUACUAAUAAUGAACAUUUAUAGAGCUCUUUUCAUGUGCCAGGCACAGUUCCAAGUCCUCUGUGUGAGGCAAGUUCUAUUAUUUGCCUGUUUUGCAGGUGAGGAAACUGAAGUACAGUGGACCUUAACUUCCCAAGGGUGCUUAGCUUGUAAACUGUGAGCUAAGAUUCAAAUUCCAGAGUCUGUGCUCUUAAUGUCUAGGCAAAUUCUAAGUGCUAGGACUGACUAUACUGUUCUGCAGUCCACUAGCAAAAAGUGCCAUACAUUAUCCAGGUCAUGCAUCUUGUUCUUUCUCCCGCCUGGUCAGUUGCUCCCUUGUGCUGAUGGUGCCCAUUCAGUAGCUGGAUUCGCCUGAGAAGUGACCCAUUUCCCAGUAGUUGCUAUUAACACUCAUCUCAUCAGUGGCUCCUUUUCAGAGACCCAGAGGAACAUUCCAGUUGAUUCUUAGUGUCUUUAUCUAUGGGGGGGGAGAAUGUCAUCCAGGUUGAUAAGGAAGUGAACAUCUUCUACCUAAGGAGUAGAAGGGAGAAUGGAAAGACAACAGACCCUCUGGCCUGCCAUUUCUGAGGCAAAGAGUUGGGGUGAUAAGAAAUGUUGGCAGAUACCAAAGAGAGACUUAGUCAUUUUCCGCAUGCUCAGCCUUGGCUAUGCCACACUGACCCAGGCUAGAGGGUACUUUCUCUCUCUCUAUUUCUCUCUUAUUUAUUUGUUUAACCCAUUUACGUUUAUUGUAAUUUCUCAUUGUUUUUUGGUAACAGCACUAUUGAGAUGUAUAAUUUACAUACUAUGCAAUAGUCACCCCAGUCAAUCCUAGAACAGGUUCAUAACCUUACAAAGAAACCCCAUAUUGUUUCUUUUAGCUAUCACUCUCCAACUCUCCAUUCCCCCAGCCUUCAGCAACCACUAAUUUACUUUAUGUCUCUAUAGACUGGCCUAUUCUGGACAUUUCAUAUAACUGGAAUCAUAAUAUGUGGUCUUUUGCAUCUGGGUUCUUUCACUGAGCAUCAUGUUUUCAAGGUUCAUCUAUGUUGUGGCGUGUACCAGUACCUCAUUUCUUUUUAUGGACAAAUAAUAUCCCAGUGUAAGCAUAUACUACAUUUUGCUUAUCCAUCAGUUGAGAAACAUUUGGAUUGUUUCCACCUUUUUGCUAAUUAUGAAUAAUGCUGCUGUGAAUAUUUGGUAUAAGUUUAUUUUUGACAUAUGCUUUCAUUUCUUUGGAUUUAUGUCUAGGAGUGGAAUUGCUGGGCCAAGUAGUAACUGUCUAUUUAAUCAUUUGAGGAACUGCCGGAAUGUUUCUGAAAGUGGCUGCACUAUGUACAUUCCUACCAGCAGUCAGAAGCACACACGGGAAUAUGGAAAAAUCUUCAAGUCUCACUUUGGUCCUCAGUUUGUAGUAUCUAUUGCAGACCGAGACAUGGUGGCUCAGGUGCUCCGGGCAGAGGGGGCUGCGCCCCAGAGAGCCAACAUGGGGUCCUGGCAGGAGUACCGACACUUACGAGGGAGAUCCACCGGGCUCAUCUCGGCGGAGGGUGAACAAUGGCUCAAGAUGAGACGUGUAUUGAGACAAAGAAUUCUGAAACCGAGAGACGUGGCCAUUUUUUCAGGAGAAAUCAACCAAGUUAUUGCAGAUUUAAUUAAAAGAAUCUACAUCCUCAGGAGCCAGGCCGAAGAUGGAGAGACUGUGACCAGUAUCAAUGACCUUUUCUUCAAAUAUUCAAUGGAAGGAGUGGCCACCAUCCUGUAUGAGAGCCGCCUGGGCUGCCUGGAAAACAGCGUCCCGCAGCUGACCGUGGACUACAUCGAGGCGCUGGGGCUCAUGUUCAGCAUGUUCAAGACCUCCAUGUACGCGGGCGCCAUCCCCCGGUGGCUCCGCCCCUUCGUCCCGAAACCCUGGCGGGAAUUCUGCAGGUCCUGGGACGGACUCUUCAAAUUCAGCCAGAUCCACGUGGACAAUAAGCUGAGGGACAUACAGUGCCACAUGGACCGAGGGGAGACAGUGAGGGGCGGGCUGCUCUCUUGCCUCUUCCUCAGUCAGGAGCUGACGCUGGAGGAGAUCUACGCCAACAUGACCGAGAUGCUGCUGGCGGGCGUCGACACGACAUCGUUCACAUUAUCCUGGGCAGUGUAUCUCCUUGCGAGGCACCCAGAAGUGCAGCAGACCGUGUAUCGGGAGAUAGUUAAGAAUUUGGGGGAAAGACAUGUCCCAACGGCAGCCGAUGUCCCCAAAGUCCCAUUGGUCAGAGCUCUGCUGAAGGAAACCUUGAGGCUGUUUCCAGUGCUUCCAGGGAACGGCCGAAUCACCCAGGAAGACCUGGUUGUUGGCGGGUACCUGAUUCCCAAAGGCACCCAGCUGGCCCUCUGCCACUAUGCCACUUCCUACGAGGAUGAGAACUUCCCUCGGGCCAAGGAGUUCCGGCCGGAGCGCUGGCUGCGGAAAGGAAGCCUGGACAGAGUGGACAACUUUGGGUCAAUCCCCUUCGGGUUCGGGGUUCGGAGCUGCAUUGGGCGGAGAAUUGCAGAACUGGAGAUCCACCUCGUCGUGAUCCAGUUGCUUCAGCAUUUUGAGAUCAAGACAUCUUCUUGGACUAAAGCAGUUCCUGCCAAAACCCAUGGGCUUCUGACGCCAGGGGGACCCAUCCACGUGCGUUUUGUUAACAGAAAGUGAUCCUGGAUUUUUAAACCCAGCCAGCCACCUGCCACAAACCAGUGUCAACUGAUGAUGGUGGAGGAAGGAAAUCUUCACUUUCAGAGGCUGUCUUGCUGAUAAGCUGGCCUCCCUCCAUGUUUUGCAAGACUCCUAAAUCUUUAGGCAAAGCAAUGUGAAAAAAUUAUUUGGCUUUUGCAAACCAGAGCUGCCUUUUCUUUGGGGAAAUGGCUGUUUAAAAACCAGUGGCACUGAAUUCUCACGUCUCCUAUGUGGUCUUACUUGAUAUUCAGUUAGGCGUAGUCUCCUAUGCAUUUCUGCAAGGAAAUGUUGGCUUGCUUAUAAAUUCAGUGCUUGAAUAUAUGUUCUGUAAUGCUGCACCAGGACCCUGUCAGGAGGCAAGCUCAACUUAUUGUUUCUAAUCUGACGAGGAAACGUGUCUCUGUAAGACCACAAUUAUGGGAAGAAAGCGCCAGAGUCAACAUUUUAUCCUGAGCAGGGCUCAAAGUUAAAAAAACCAUAUUCUUACUUUUCUCUCCAAACUGGUGCUUCCUUUUCCAGUGAUGGCUCUUAAAGAAGUUGAAUGUUAGUUUUUGUUUAAAAGAAAUAAUCAAUAAAAUAGAGAACUCCUGGUGAAACCAAGAAUAAUUGGGUUUUCUAACCGAGUGUAAACACUGAGCAGAUGUAUAAGAAAGAAAACCUGACAGGGUGGAAUGUCAUAGUCUCGGCUGAGAAAAAUGAAUUACAGAAGCAUCGUGGAAAACAGCGUAACUUUAGUACAUUUUUAUUGCGAGGAAAAAUAAACAUGUAAAUGGACAUGCUGUAGAUAAAAUAAUAUUUUUAUCUUCAUGGUGUUAGUUUAAAGAUCUGGACUGGAAACGUGAUCCAGCGGCUGGUGCUUAUGUAAGGCUCCAAGUGGAUGCCUUGGGCCUCGGCACUGUUCGCUCGUGCCAAGUUCUGCUGCCUCUCCUGCUACUUGCUGGUCGCUAAUAAGAAAAAAACACCAUUUGAUAACAUUCUCUCUGCAUGGUCGUGCUUGAAACUGCUUGUUCUCAAUCCCAUAAAUCUUUGCCCAUAACGCUUCCCCCAAAUCACUUCCCUACGAAUACAUACCGUACGUCUCCCCUGCCUUUAGUUAGUCGGGUUGCAAAAUAACCCUCCAGUAAAGUAGAAAUCAUAUUCAUUUCACAUACUGUUUUUGUUAAAGUAUGUAACAAUAUUAAAUCUGUGUGAGAAGACAGAAUAACUGUAGUAUGAGAGCUGUAAAAAUAUGUACAGUUAAAUAUGAAAUGAUGUCCUAAUAACUGACAAAAUGUUGGAUUACUUUGAGGUAUGUAAGCUUUUAUAAACCAGCUAUGAUUCUAUUCUGUUUGUGACUGAAAUUAAAAAGAAUUGAGACUAA